CUGCUGCUGCUGCCGCCGCUUUUCGGCUCAGGGGUAGAGCUGGGCCAGGAGGGCCGCCCAGCCGGGCUGGCGGCGGCAGGAGGAGGAAGAAAAUGGCGGCGCCGCUGCUGUCCCUCUCCGAGGGGGAGGGCGCCCGGGCGCGGCGGCGGGAGCAGCUCCGGGCCUGGGCGGAGGCUGAAGCGGCGGCGGCGGCUGCUCUUUGCCCGGCCCCGCCUCCGGCCGGCGCUGCUCCUUUGCCCUCUCCGGGGCUGCCGGCGGCCGAGAACGAGACUGCGGCUGUGCCCGUGACGGGGAUGGGCUCCGGAGGCGGCGGCGGCGGCCGCCCCCGCGCGGUCCGCUUCGACGCGGCCGCCGAGUUCUUGGCGUGCUGCGCCGGGGCCGAGCUGGAGGCGGCGCGGGAGAUGCUCAGCGCCGACCCGGGCGCCGUGAACGGGACCAACGCGGACGGCAUCAGCGCCCUCCACCAGGCCUGCAUAGAUGAGAACAUGGAGGUGGUUGAAUUUCUGGUGGCAAACGGAGCCGACGUGAACCAGGCUGACAACGAAGGUUGGACUCCGCUGCACGUUGCCGCUUCCUGUGGCUACAUGGAGAUUGCACAAUACCUCUUGGACCAUGGUGCCAGCAUUGCCGCUGUGAACAGUGACGGGGACGUGCCACUGGACAUUGCCGAAGCUGACAACAUGGAGGCCUUACUGCGUUCGGAAAUUGGGAAGAGAGGGGUAGAUGUGGAGGGAGCCAAGCGAGAGGAGGAGGAGGUGAUGCUCCGCGAUGCGCGCCAAUGGCUGAAUGCCAGCAAAAUAUCUGAUGAGCCACAUCCCAAAACCGGGGCCACUGCCCUGCACGUCGCAGCUGCCAAAGGCUACGUCGAGGUCAUGAGGCUACUCUUGCAAGCUGGCUACGACCCCAAUGUCCAGGACAAAGAUGGCUGGGCUCCCCUGCAUGCAGCAGCCCAUUGGGGAGUGGAGGAGGCCUGCCGCCUUCUGGCCGAGCACUUCUGCAACAUGGAGGCCCUCAACAAUGUGGGCCAGCGUCCCUGUGAUCUUGCAGAUGAGGAUACUUUGGCCCUGCUUGAAGAACUGCAGCGCAAGCAAAAUGACCUACGCAGCAAGAAGGAGGCGCACCUGAGGCAGGCUUUGAUUGACACCAACUUGGAGCAGCCUUCAUCCUACACGGCCAAGCACCGAAGGAGUUCUGUAUGCCGCAUGAGCAGCAAGGAGAAGAUCUCUGUCCAGGACCAAUCGAAGGAACGCAAGACUUUGGGCACCAUCGCUGUCGGCGAGGAGGAGUCCAGUUCAGCCUCAGAGGGGGAGGAGACCCCAAAUUCCAAUGAGGUGAAGACGAGUCCAGCAACAGACAGCAGUGCGGUGAAUGGCGUGGCUGUGACUCCCGUCAGUCCGCUGUCCCCCAGUCCCACGGGGCAGAAGCAGUUCUCCGGAGGCUCCAGCUGCACCAUGGAACCGGAGGACUCUGCGGCGCCCUCCGUCUGGAGGCAGAGCCUACGCAAGACGAGCAGCUUCGGGGUGUUGCAGGACGCCAGGCUGGAGGAAGGGGCAGCCAAGGAGGGCAGCGGCAUCAAGCGCUCGGCGUCCAGCCCUCGCUUGGUCACAGAGGAAAAGCAAGACAUCCGGGAGCUCUUACAGAAGUGGAACAAGAACCCCAUUGGCCCAGGGUUAGCCAAUAGGAGUGCAGCUUCUGAGCCAGCUGGUGACCCGAGCAAGGAACCACGCCUGGCCCGGGUGACCCCGACCCCCACUCGGCGGAUAUUUGCCCUCCCAGACACAGAACCCCACCGGGACCCCCGGCGAGCAAACUUAGAAGGUGGCCUUCAGAUGAAGAUAGAUACAGCCCCUGCCCCACACCAGCCCCCUUCUGCCACUGCCAUCAGCUCUAGCAUGGAUCCCCGGGACCGCCGAAGGUCGUACCAGACCCCAGUGCGGGACGAAGAGUCGGAGUCCCAGCGGAAGGCUCGUUCCAGACUCAUGAGACAAUCCAGGCGUUCCACACAGGGUGUCACUCUCACAGACUUAAAGGAGGCUGAGAAGACCAUGGGCCGGGCCGGGGAUUCCAAAACCGCCUCGGAGCAGCGAAGCAAGGAGGAUGAGAGGCGUGACAAAGAGGGAGAGCAGCAGUCCCCGGAGACGACGACAGAGGACUCUUCUAGGAGAUUCCGGCUUUCCAGUUCAGACAGUUCAUCAGUUUAUACUGUGAAUCCAUUAGUGGUGAAUUCGCAGCCUAGAAAAGGCGCGGAAACUGAUGAGACCAGCUCAGAGGUGGAUUCGGACUUCCGGAACAGGCUGGCUAUCCGGGACCGCAGGAAAGGCCGGCGGGACAGGCGCAUCAGUGGGCUGGGGGGGAACUCAGAGGGUGAGGAAGAUGAAGAGGGUGAGCAAGUCAACAAUGAAGAUCCGUCCGGACAUGGCAGUGAACACCUAAACAGCCUCUUGCCAAACCGGACGGCCCCCUACGCCUGCCAGAGACAGAACAGUGCCUCAUCCGUCUACAGAGAGGAACCCGAUCACUAUUACAAGAAACUGUAUGAAGAUCUCUCGAUUGAGAAUGAAAAACUGAAGGAGCAACUCCAAGAGGCGCAACUACAGCUGACGCAGAUCAAGUUGGAGCUGGAGAGAGUGACCCAGAGGCAGGAGCGUUUUGCUGAGCGGCCGGCUCUGCUGGAGCUGGAGAGAUUCGAACGGCGAGCUUUGGAGAGGAAAGCGGCAGAGCUGGAGGAAGAGUUGAAGGCUCUUUCAGACCUGAAGGCCGACAACCAGCGUCUCAAAGACGAAAACGCCGCCCUCAUCCGUGUCAUCAGCAAGCUCUCCAAGUGAAUGCUGCGGCCCCUGGCCCCUCUCCGAAGCAGGGGCCUUACGCCACACCCCACCUUCUUGUGCACCAGAUCCUCCACAGGGGCAGGAGGAGUCCAUGAGGAUAGGAGCGGCCAACUCCCGCUCGCCACCCAAGCGCUCCAUACGUUGGCUGUCCCAAGCCUCUGCCAGUCAGGCGCCCACCAACCGAUGCGGUUCCCCCCCCCCCCCCGCACAUGCCAAGUUUAAUCCCAGAAGCAAUGUCUCGAGCCUCACCCACCCCUUUCCUUCCUCACACCCUCUUUUUAUUUCAACCCCACCCACCCCUUUUUCCAGAGACAGUAUUUAUUUUGUGGCUUCCUUAAAGUGGUGUUAUUUGCUUGUCGCUUUUUUCCUUCCAUGAACACGGGGUGGGGAAUGACGGGAGCCAGUCUUCCACCGGGGAGGGGGGGAGGCGUGGAGCAGCCGCGGGACCGUUCUGUUGGCCGAUGGCAGGGAGGGCGAGACGAACCGAGUCGCUUCAAAGCUUGGAAGCAAACGGCCAGGUUUCUGAGGUUGUGCAGAGAGGAGGAUUAACGGGGGAGGGGGGGCGGACAUACAGGCGUUGCUGUCUAACCGGCGCUGCUUAUAGCUCUGCCUCUUAGGCUGAAGGCUUGGACUCUGCAGCCCGGGAGCAGCCUUCUCCCGAUAAUGAUCGUCCCUCCCGUUGCAAGGGGUGGGGUCUGGACUCAGUCCCAGUGCCCCUUUCCAUCACCUCUUACCAGGCCCCGGUGCAUUGAUGACGACAUAAACGCUGCAAGAGGACAAAAGACUUCAUAAGAUGGGAGGUGGCAUCUAGCGGUCAGGUCUUAGAGUCUAGGCUGGCAGCUGGUUUGGGAAUUGUGGACUUGGAUCAGGCGGGUGAAAAACGGGACAAGCGGCAGCCUCAGGCGAAGUGGGGAGGGGGAAGGUGUGAGUGCGAAAGGCACCGGCAUGGUUUAAUCAAAGGGCAGUGGAAGGGUAACGGUUGGGGGUUUUGUUUUAAUAGUCUGUGAGUUUGGCUGUUCUGAGGCUUUCUAGAGCCAAAAGGGCAGAGGAAUUCAGCAGGAGAGGCAGUAUUUAGGGACCAAGAUAGUAUUAGCUGUGAAGGUGACACUGAAGUGCCAUAGUUGCAUUGUUGGGGGGUGGGGUGGGGUGGGGGAGCUAGAGCGGGGGGGGCUACAGUUGUUCCUUUCCCUGCCUUUCUAAAGUUGGUGGGGAUUGACCUCUUCCUAUUCUUCAUUUCCUUCCUCAUCCUGAUAUUCGGCUCCAGGUGUGUCUUGUCCCCUUCUCACAACCUCAAGUGUCCAAAGUUAGGCCUGGCUGUAACAAUUGAUUCCAAUGCUUUCUGGCCUGAGGCCAAACCCUCAGGAAACGGUCCCUUUCCACGGUCUGGACAGUGCCCACAGCUCUCUGCCAAAGCCCAGUCCGGCUGUGAGGUUGCCCAAACGUCCCUGGCCCUGAAACGGACCGUGUGGGCCCUCGCCAAAGUCCGCCUUUGACCCGGCCACGGUCGCCAGCCUUCGGCGCUCCACUCCUCCUCCUCCUCCUCCUCCUCCUCCUUCCCCUGGGACUGUGCCUCCUUGACCUCUCGUUUUCCAGUUCCCUGGACUCUUGCCGCUUUCCUAGAGGAUUCAUGGGGGUUCUAGCUUCGUGGCUCUCCUCCCUACAUUCCUCUUCCUGCACGCACACAAUCAAAUAUUUUCAUUGUUAAAACUGAGGGCUAAGAGUACUUCCAAGUGAAACUGAGGGCUAAAAGUAAUUCCAAGAGAAACGGGUCCAAAGUACUACCCUGAAAAUCCUGUCUGUGUGUGUCUGUGUGUGUUUUCCUGCGCUAUCAUGAGCCAAGAUUCCUUUGCCAAAAUAAAUAGCCCCUUCCCUUUCUGCCAUGUUGUUCCUCCCCUCCCUCCCUGCUCCCCACCUUUUCUUCCCUCCACCUGCCCUGGUUUGCAAACUCCUCUCCCCAAACAUAUCUGUACAUAACAGAAGUAUUUUCUAUAUGGCUGCAUCGCCAACAAAAAAACAAAAAAAAAACAAGAAGAAAAAAAAUGCAGAAAAACUUAAAUGUGCAAUAUCGCAUGAGUAUUUUUUUUCCAAAGAAGUCUCUAUAUUGUACUUGUUUAUUCAGCAGCUCAGCUGCAUUUGUUUUAAAAGAACAGGGAAUUGAAAUUACCGUGUUUGAAUAUAAUUAAAAAAGUUAAAAACGG